UUACGCAGGAUGCAAGAGUAGAAAAUUGUAAUUAAACGGAUUUACGGCGAACUCUGCAUAUGUAUGGCAUGUAGCAUCUUUAGAUGAACUAGAUGACUAACUGCAGUUUUACCCUCCAACAUUUAAACUAUAGAUUUUGCCAAGUAACGCUAGAAAACGAUUGGUAACUCGAUUAUCGGUAGCUAAUUAGCGAACCAACUAGCUAGCACUACGAAACUUUGAAGCAAAUAAACUGCAGAUCCAUGCUUUAUUUUUGAUGUAACGUUAUCCUCAUAUAUUGGCCAAUAUAUGCACCAAAGAUAACGUUAGCGAACAUCAACACAGGAUAAACCAAGGGACGAGAUGAAGAAAAGAGGGGUGAAGACUCCCAAAGAGAGACAGAAUUCUGCGAUUGAGGACGACCCCUCCAGAGUCGCAGGACCGAGUGUUCAAGACAAGUCUACUGUUCAAAACAUAGAUGACUAUCAGUGCUGUGGCAGCCUAGAUGUAGAUUUCCCAGAAGUCUGUGCUCUGCUGGGAAUGACGGAAGUCCCUGCAGUAACCCAGCGGAAAAAGACCACCGCCUCUCAGAACACAGAGCAAAGCACCAUGGAGAGCAGCCAAUCGAACGUGCCCAACGGAGAAGAGACCACGCCCUGGUGCCCUAAGCCCCGCCUGCAGGUGGAGCUGGAGAACGAGGAGGACCCCCGCAGUGCCAGAGAGGUCAGGGUGCUCGGGUGGAAGGUAGACGAGAGAGUCACCCGGGCCCUCAACAAGACCCUGCCGUGCCUGACCAACCUGCAGCAACUACAUAUGUGGCAGGUGGGGCUGACUGGUCGGACCCUCUCCUCCCUGACAAACACAGUGUCUCUGUGCAGCAGUCUCAGGACAGUGGCUUUGGAAGGAACUCCUGUCCCAGAACAGUGUUUCCACCUGCUGAUGACAGAAGACAGCAAGCUCGUUCACCUCUCGCUGCGGAAUAACCGGAUUGGAGAGGAGGGGGCCCAGCUGAUUGGCGCAGCCCUGUCCACUGCCCGCGGGGCCAAUAAGAGCCUGCUGUCCCUCAACAUGGCCUUCAACUCUAUCGGAGACGCCGGCGCCCAGCACAUCGCCAAGGGCUUGCGUCUCAACCGCACUUUGCUGUGUCUCUCUCUGGGGUUCAAUCACAUCGGGGACGAUGGUGCCAGUUAUCUCGCGGAGGUUCUGGGGCCCUUCUCCCUGAGUCAUGAGGAGAUUGUGGAGAGGAGGAAGUUGCUGAGCAGGAAGGACCCUCAGGCGCUCAGCUCAGACUCCAGCCACGCCCCCUCCGUCCCCAGCAGCUCCUCCCUGGAGCGCACCGCCACCAAGGGCGGCAAGCCCGCCUCCAAAAAGAAGCCUCCGCCCAAGAAGGAGGAGAAGCAGGCGGCCAAUCAGGCGGCAGGGGCUGCUGCGAAGAAGGAGGACCAGAAAAAUGCAAAAAAAGGUGCCGAUGCUAAGGUUCCUCGGGGCAGAGGGUUGAAGUCAGGAGGCAGAGAGCGGAGUUUGUCUGCGUUAGAUACUGAGACCAGCGGCUCACAGAGUAAGAUCGCUGAAGCCACAGAGAUGGUGAGCCCCCUACUGGACACAGACGCACAGCACGGCCAGGGGCGCAUCCUGCUGCCAGGCAACAACGUCCUCACCUCCCUCAAUCUAUCAGGGAACAGGCUGACGGAGCGCUCUCUGAGUUUGUUCCUGAAGGCGGUGAAAGAGCAGGAUGAUGGUGGUCUCCUCCGCCUCUCCCUCUCCAGAAACCGCUUCCCACUCCUGAACUGCGAAACAUACCAGAAGAUCCAGGAAGUGAUGAAGUGCAAAGAUCCUCUGAGCAAGAACAUUCCAGCAGCGGUGCGGGAGGAGCAGGGUCGCUCAGCCGAGAGUCAGAAUCUGACCGACUCCGGGGAGCUGGGUCAAAACAGCACGCACAAAGAAGGGCACAGACAAACCGCAAACAAGUCCUAGUUCACCACUCCCCACCCCACCCCACCCCGACACUCGUGUGCUCCUGAAAAACAUCGUUCAUUAUUUAUAUUUCAACACCAUGUGUGCCAUUCUUCAAAGCGCUCGUUACCGGACCAGCGGUAGGAUGGAGUGAACCAAUGUAUUGUCAGCGUCUGUAGUCGUGUAUUUUUUAACAAAUGAUUCACUGACAUCUGGCGGUCACUGUGUGUUACUGCAUGAAAACGUAAAACUCCGUAGAAACGGUAAACAUGAAGGGAAAACACAAAAUGUAAGCAUGUAAACAUGAACAAUAGACAUCCCUCCCUCUGCACAAUUGUGCUUUUAGAUUUAGUCGUACAGGCCCACUGGUAUUUCAAGAAGUUCUUUGGGGAGCCAACAUUAAUAUUAUCUCUACACAUCCAUAAAAUCAUUUGGUACAUUAUCACUUAGGAACCUGACACAAUGCAGACAGCCAUGUCCCAUAGCUAGCACCAGAGGAACACUGGCCAAUAAGAAUGUGAAUAUUAUGUGACUCCUUUAAUAUUUUCUUACAAAGCCACACUGGGACAUCCACACUGCAGAGCUCUUUUUCCUGUAAUUAAACUGCCAUUGUGGAACUGUCCUUCCCUCUAUGAUGAAUGAAUACAUUAAAAGCCUUAAUUAAAAACUGUAAUGGAACUUCAGAGACAAAACUGUAAAUCUUCACCAGGUAUAUAUACCAGAUUUCUUUUUUUAUGUAAAAAAAUCGAAUAUAUUAAAUUAAACGGUAUAUUAUGAGUACACUAUUAAUAAAUAAAAGAUUAUUAAAAAGAA